ACUUUAUUGUGGCACAUAUCCGGGAAAAUAAACCUGCCACGUGAUUUUUCAAUACGUUUUUUUCUUUCAUUUAGCGGUGAAUGAUAAAUAGGAUUUAGGAAUUCUUUGACCUUAAAUGGAAUUUUUCUGUAAUAUGUUGACUGUCAGUUGCACAUUUGAAUGCGGGAUUAAUGUUACCGAUAGAGCUGCUCGCUCUGUGAAUCUUUUCGAUGUUGGAAAUGUCAUCGGAGGAUAAGGGCAUGGACGACUUCAGACGGGUCGCGUUCCGGAGGAAGUCCCGAACUUUUGACAAGUCGGACAUGGAGCCCAAGAAAUGGAGCCCAGUGAUUUCUGAAAAGAAAGGCAAGCCCAGCUGUUUCCAUUCCAAGAACACUGAUGAGGAGGCCUGUGUCGGGGUGAAGAUCGAACACGCUAAAGCUCUAAGCAGCAGCCCCCACAGUGCAAGGGUCAGUCGGACAGGUCUGUGUGGGAAGAGUCCAAGUGAGAAGAGCAGGGGGGGUGUCAAUGGAAGAAGUUCGGACAGCAGGCCCUCACUGCAGCCCAAACCACAAGUGCCUCCGAAGCCAGCCCACCUCCAGAGCCCGGUGACAAAGUCCGCCGCUCACCCGCUGGGGCGUGUGGAGAGAGCACUCCUCAGAGCCACUAUGGAGGAGAGAAGAGGAGGGGCGAUGAUGGCGAAGAGCCGGGAGAAACCCUCCAAAGUCUUGAACCUCAUCAACCACUUCGAGGAGAACAGCCAGUCAGAAACCAAGGAGGGCUCACCACUCAAGCAGCUCAGCAAGUCGCCCCUCUGCAGUCCGGCUCACCGGGUCAACCAGAGACAGUCAGAGUCCGAGCAGCAGGACAACAACUCGGUGGAUUCAGGCUCUGUCCCGAGAACUCAGCGGGAUGCACACAAACAGGCAACUAACGGGAUGCUAACCCAAAUGGACAGAGACGGGGACAGGGAGAGUGGGUCCCCCCUGAGGAAAGACACUGCCCUGGAGAAUGGGGACAUGGGGGACGGGAGCAUGGGCGUCACUCCCCUCCUUCACACACAAAGACCCAUACUGGGGAGGACAGUGGACCUACAGGAGGAGACCCCCAACGUAAACAAAGGAAGCAAGGAGGAGGGCAUUGUGGAGGAGAAGGUACUGGAGACCAAUGAACAAAAGCUGUACAAAAUCGCUACUGAGCUCCUGAAGACCGAGAGGGCCUACGUCACGCGGCUCAACUUGCUGGACCAGGUGUUCUGUGCCAAGCUGACGGAGGAAGCUCUAAAGGGCACAUUCCCAGUGGACGUGGUGAAGAACAUCUUCUCCAACAUCUCCUCCAUCAACACCUUCCACAACCAGUUCCUCCUGCCUGACCUGGAGAAACGCAUGGGAGAAUGGGAGUCUACCCCUCGCUUAGGAGACAUCCUGCAGAAUCUCACACCCUUCCUGAAGAUGUACGCUGAGUAUGUGAAGAACUUUGACAAUGCAAUGGAGCUGCUGAAACAGUGGACGGACCGCUCGCCACAGUUCAAAGCCAUCAUCCAGGACAUACAGAGCCAGGAGGCGUGUGGCAGUCUGACGCUCCAACACCACAUGUUGGAGCCGGUACAGAGAGUUCCCCGCUACGAGAUGCUGCUCAAAGACUACCUGAAGAAACUGCCUCAGGACGACCCCGACCGCCGAGAUGCAGAGAAGUCAUUGGACAUCAUCGCCAUGGCAGCCACACACUCCAACAGUGCCAUUCGAAAAUCUGAGAAUCUGAAGAAGCUGCUGGAGAUCUAUGAGAUGCUGGGGGAGGAGGAGGACAUCGUCAACGCCUCCAAUGAGUUCAUCAAGGAGGGACACAUCCUGAAGCUGGCUGCCAGGAACACCUCGGCUAUGGAGAGAUACCUCUUCCUGUUCAACAACAUGCUGUUGUACUGCGUGCCCAAAUUCAGCCUGGGAGGGGCCAAGUACACGGUGCGCACCCGCAUCGGCAUCGAGGGCAUGAAGGUGCUGGAGACCAUCAACGAAGACUACCCUCACACCUUCCAGGUGUCUGGCAAGGAGAGGACUCUGGAGCUGCAAGCCAGCUCCGAACAAGACAAAGACAACUGGAUAAAGGCUUUCCAGGAAACCAUUGAGAUCUUCCAUCAGAAGAACGAGACGUUCAAGUCCGCCUCCAAAGACGUGGAGGAAGUGUCAACGGCAGAGCUGGGGAAACGUGCUCCUCGCUGGAUUCGGGACAAGGAGGUGACAAUGUGUAUGAAGUGUAAAGAGCCCUUCAAUGCGUUGACACGACGGAGACACCACUGUCGCGCCUGCGGAUAUGUUGUGUGUUGGAAGUGCUCAGACAAUAAAGUGGCCCUGGAGUACGACAGCAACAAGAUUAACAAGGUGUGUAAGGACUGCUACUCCAUCCUGACUGGAGAGGAGAAGGCCGAGGGCAAGAAGAAGGGCAUUCUGGAGAUCGAGGCGGCACAGUUCUCCGGAAGCAGUAUAAUUUGUGGCUUCCUGCAGCACUGUGAGAAGAACAAGCCCUGGGGGAAGGUGUGGUGCGUCAUCCCAGAGAAGGAGGCAUUGGUUCUCUACCUCUACGGAGCCCCACAGGAUGUGAAGGCCCAGUCCUCUAUCCCUCUGCUGGGCUACUCUGUGGAGGACAGCCCCCGGCCUGCCGACCCUCCAGCCAGCUUCCGUCUGUCCCAGUCAAAGUCUGUCCACAGCUUCGUGGCCGAAAGCGAAGAGCUGAAACAGCGCUGGCUCAAGGUGAUCCGGGUGGCUGUGACUGGGGAGGUGCCAGAGUCCCAGAUGCCCAACGAUGCCACUGCCAACGCCACGGACACCCAAGAGACAAGCUCAGACAGUACCUAACUGUGUGGUGUGGCAUUUAACAGCUGAGGGCCACCAGAGACGUAUGUGCAUGUAUGCACACACACACACUCCCAUGCUACCUUCAUGGACACACAAGACAAAUGUGCAAAGUCAGUGCUGGAUAAGCUGCCUCUCCUCCCCAGAGUGGAUUCUACAAAUCUUAAGCGAGGACUUGGCUUGGCUCCACCACCACCAGAUCUGUGCUGGCAUGGGAAGAACACAAUCCAGUCAUCACUAGAGCGGAGCAGGGGGGAAAUGGACCUCAGAACGGUCUCUACUUCCCCCUGUUCAGGGCAACCUACCUGGGGUGUAUCUUGCUCUCUGAGUAGCCCAAAAUAGUAAAUACGAUAGUUUACUCAAGCCGUUUAAAGGUUCCUGUCUGUCAUGCUCACGUCAGAGGGAACAGUUUGUUCUUGUCUACUUAUUGUCCCCUCCCGCUCGCCCAACCGUGACCAGAAUAAAUGAGUCAGUGAGAUGUCUCGCCAUCUCCGAAGCGGGGGGCAAUAAGUAGACCAGAGUGGCCCAGCCUCGAUCAGAUAAAAUAGUGGGGUGUCUACCGUCCCUGCUCAGCCCUCACAGACCUCCUCCAGCUUCAUAGAUGUGGGUCUGCCGAUGUGAAUCAAGAGGGACUUGUUAGAACUACACUGUCUAUUAUGAAUUAGCCCUGUAUAUAAUGUUACUCCAUUUUCAUGUACAAAGAACCAAUGCUCUCAAUGUUUUGAUAAAGUUUGAGCAGUGUU